AAAAUGUUCAAACUCACUCCCUCAGCUAAUUCUUAGAGAUCAACACCAAAAUCAAUUAGACGAUUAAGUUCACUAAGCCAUUCUAAUGGAGAAGUGCUUAUGAAUGACUAUUUUAACUUACCUAUGAUAUCAACUAAGAGUACAAUAGGAAAUUAUGGAUUUAAGCCUAAUACAAUCUCAGUAAUUGGAGAUUUCGAUGAAAGCACUCAUCAUAUUACUUAAGACACUAACAAAAUACCAAUAUAGAUUUUAGUUGGUUAAGGAGAAAAAGGUCUAGAGAAUUCUAACUACGAUAUUCUUGAGAAGUAUUAUUAAAGCAAGGCCAUUAAUAAUUAAAGAAGGGUAGAAGCUAAAAAGUUGAUUAAAUAAGAAAAUAUAAGAGAAUAGAGACAUUAAAGCCUUUAAAAAAAAAAUGUACAAAAUUUAGAUAAAUUAAAUGAAAAUUAAAAAUAUAGUUAAGGAAAAAAUUUUAUAAUUAGAGAAAACUAAAUUAAGUCAAAUAAUACAGAUGCACAAUUAUAUUUAUUUUAAAAUAUGGAUAAAAUUGGGUCUUAAUAAAAAACAAGUACAAUAGAGAUGGUUUCUAAAAGAAUUGAGAAUUUAAGAAGAAAACUUAAAAAAGUAUUUCUUUUUGUGUUUUCAUCCAUGGUGAUUUCGAAAAAAUAUAGAUUAGUUAAAAAAGAAGAAAAAUAAAUGAUAACAAUAUUAAAUAAUAAACUUUAGAGUUGUUAGAAAGUUAUAAACUAAAAUGGGGUUAGAUUCAUUGAAGAAUAAUAAUCAUAAUUCGUUUAAAUUGUUUCAAAUAAAGUUAUUUACUACCUUAACAAUUAAACUUAUAUUAAUGAAUGCAAUACAAUUGAUGAUGUAUCUAAUCCUGUNAGCCAAAGCAUGAGUUCCUUACUAGAAUGA